AUGUCUAUGAUUGAUUGGCAUUCUUCUCUCGAGAAAGAUUUUGCUAACAAUGAAGAGCUGUCACCACCUGGAACGGGAAUGGUUUCUAUUGUCGAUGUCGAUGGUUGUGAGCUAGACAUCAUUGAGAAAACAGUGCUGUCAUUGUCGGAAAACUUGGCGAGUUUCAAGGAGAAGAUAGCUGAGGAGAUCCAAAUCCCACCAGAGAAACAAGUGUUAUUCGGAAAAGCGGGGUUGUUUGAGGACAACAACAGGUCACUAGCACAUUAUAAUGUGGAGCAGGAGAAAUCCUUACUCUGUCCUUGUGUACGUGUGGGAGAGAGAAAGGGAUAUGAACAAGCCUUGUUGUUGCGGGGAAAUGUUUACCAAAGCAAGUGGUGA